UUAAGGAUAUCAGACAGCACAUUAUGCAAGAGGCUUCGCUCGCUGACAGAUCACUUUUCUCUCUUCUCUGAAGAUGUCGCUAUUAGUCUGCAGGUCAACGAGACUCGAUCGGUGCACUGUGUGAAGAAUCAGCUGGGGUCAGUACAACACUCAGGCAGCUAGUGCUAAGGAGUGCUGAGCGGAAUUCGAAAGUACUAUGGCGGGGAAGUUAUACAUACUGGUGGCGCUUGUGGUGGCAUUAUUGACAACUUCAGAAAGCGCUCACAUACUCGGGGUAUUCCCGAUUCCAGCAAAGAGCCACAACAUUGUCUUCUCAGCUCUGACUCGCGAACUUGCACGAAGAGGACAUCAGGUGACGGUCAUUAGUCCUUUUCGAGAGAAGAACCCCAUACCAAACUUAACGGAGAUAGAAGUGAAACUCGACCUGACAGAUGAUUUUUCAGGAAAUUUAUUCAAUUUAAGACAUAAAGGCACACUGGAACUCUCGAGGUCUCAAUGGAAAUCAGCGCCUGCGUUCUGCGUCAGCAUUUUUCAGCAUCCACAAGUCCAGACCUUCAUACAUUCCAAACAUCAUCACUUUGAUGCCAUCAUAGUGGAGACAUUCGCGAACGAGUGUGUCCUCGGGUUUGCACAUAAAUUCCAAGCUCUUAUAAUACAGAUCUGCCAAUUCGGUGGUACUCACUGGAUGGGGGACUGGCUUGGAAACCCCAAUCCGUACGCUUAUAUCCCGGAUGCAUUUCUUGACUACAGCUCUCAUAUGAGUUUUGGGGAACGUUUGGUGAACACGUUAACUGGAGUUUACUGGAGAACUGGACAAGAGUUUUAUAGCAUCCCACGGCAAGAAGCAGUGAUGAGGCAGUAUUUUAACGACACAGAUGAUAUUCCUCCGCUCGCAGACAUUGUUCGUAACACGUCACUGCUGCUUCUCAACAAUCACUUCAGCCUCAAUUAUCCGAGGCCACUAGUACCUAACAUGAUUGAAGUUGGCGGAAUGCAUGUGCAGACGGCAAAGAAACUACCGGAGGACCUGCAAAUAUAUCUGGAUGAAGCACCAAACGGAGUCAUCUACUUCAGCAUGGGUUCACUCCUACAAGGCUCCCAAAUGCCUGACUCCGUGAGAAAAGCUUUCGUAGAAGCGUUCUCUAAGCUGGAACAGAAGGUACUCUGGAAGUGGGAGACAGACUCGUUACCAGGGCAACCCAACAAUGUGAAACUGGGCAAGUGGCUACCACAGGCCGACAUUCUAGCACAUCCAAAUGUGCGCCUCUUCAUCACGCAUGGCGGGUUGCUGAGCAAACAGGAGGCUAUCAAUCGCGGUGUUCCCCUGUUGGGGAUCCCGGUCUACGGAGAUCAGUAUCUCAACGUGCGGAAAGCUGAGAGUCUUGGGUACGGAAUUCGACUGGAAUUUGACAACAUCACAGCGGAAUCUGUCCUUUGGGCGAUACAAACGGCACUCCAACCAAGAUACCGUGAGAACGCCCAACGUCUGUCCCGAAUCUACCGGGACCAGCCACUCACACCGCUGGAGCAGGCCGCGUUCUGGACGGAGUACGUGAUCAGACACAAGGGAGCUCCUCACAUGCGCUCCGCUGCACUCGACCUCACCUGGUACCAGUACUUCCUGCUAGAUGUCAUCGCUGUGUUGGCGCUAGCUGUCGGUGUUUUCUUGCUCUUAGCAUUGCUGAUUAGCAGGGCGAUAUUUAGGAAAUUGUGCGGUGCCACACCGAAAGACAAGAAUGCCAGACACAAGAAGAAAAUAAAUUAAUGUAGCAUUCAUAUUAGAGAAUGAGUUUCUAAUUGUCAUUUGUUUCGAUAUUGGGGUAAUUUUGAUUAAGCGGCCGUUCCUUCCUAUAGCACAUUUAUUAGUUUGUCUCGUACAAAGAAUUAAAACCUAAAUUUAUGAUAGAUACAUAGAUACAUAUUCUUUGUGGAUCUAUUUAAUGGGAAAUGCACAGUACAAAUAAUAUUAUAUGUUGAAUUUUUCGUUCUGAAAAUCGUGCUCUUCAAGGAUAUCUUAUAUAUGUAACAAAUGACGGAGGAACAUGGUAGUCCCAAGCGGAUAUGGGAAUGUCAUUACACAUAAAUUACAAUUUUAGGUUAAAAUCUUCCAACAGAAUUUCAUGAUAAUGUGUGUUUAAACUUGUAUGGGUGAAUGAAUGUUGCGUGAUUACAUUUUUAGAAAACUCGCAUUAAUUAUCAGUAAUUUUGAUAUACUCCAUAGUAAAAUAAAGAUUACACCUGAUAAAACUCAAA